AUGGCCGCACGCAACACCGGCCGCGACCCAUCCAACGGCGAUUCGCCCCAUGAGCAUCCCUCCUUCUACCGUCUCUCCCUCAGCUUUCUCUUCUCUCGUCCCACCCCGCAACAGCACGACAUUUCCCUCUGCUUCCAUGACGAAUGGCUACGGCGCGACACCACCACCACCACCACCACCACCACCUCCUCGUACACGCUGCACUUCCACCGACCCGGCCACGUCUCCCUCUGUCAAGGUCCUGAUACCGACGGCCUCGACGAUGAUCAUGACCCCGACCACCCCGAUCGCUGCACUGGCCAGUCGCUCUGCGUUGCCUCUAUACAUGUCCCCCAGCCCUCAAUAUACUCUGCCCCUGACAUGAUAUUGCUCCCCGGCCACACGCCUCCUCCCCGUCAGCAUCCGCCGCCGCCCCUCAUCACUCUCCGACUGCUGCUUAUUGUCCUGCUUCUCACCCUCAUCUUCCUCUCUGUCCUUGUUCCCUUGGGCCCCUCGUUCCUAUACAAGAAUCCCCAAUACCACCACUUCCACCAUCUAUUUACCAAAUCUCACACUCGGCUGAUCAACACAAGCCAGAUGCUUUCGUACUACGAGCUCCUUUUACACCGACUUCUUCCCCUCAAACUCCUCCAUCAUGAUGCUCCAGCAGCUGCCGGCCCCCCUCAAACUCCUCCUCCUCCUCUAGAGCUGUCUAGCCUUGCUAGUUACGGACCGACAAGCACCACUACCCGACAGGCUUUUGUCAAGCUUGCCACUCAGGCGAAAGAGGCUACCAGCUUGAUCCAUUCCUUUGCUGCCAACGACGACCUCGAACUCGAGUCAGACCUGCUUCUGCUUCUUAUCGACCUCGACGAAAUGGCCUCAACUAAAUCCACAUCGACGUCGUCAUCGUUAUCGCCAUCGUCAUCGUCGUCGCCGUCGCCGUCGCCGUCGCCGCUUUCGCCCAAAGUAUCAGCCGAGGCACUCGCCUCAGUGUUUUUAGCUGCAUUUGAACCGUCACAGCAAUGGCUUACGGCAUUAGCAGAACAGCUCACAAUGCUAGAGCAGCUUCUCCAUCAAACCCAGUUGCUCGAAAAUAUUGCCCUUAAUAAUCUGCUGGAGGGCGGUGUUGCUAUUGCUGAGGGAAAGGCGACGUGGUGGAGUGAGGACGUUGCCUUCCACGUCAAGCGCCUUCAACGAGAGAUGAUACCCCGCCGCGAUAUUGUACGAGGCCUUGUGAAUGAAGCACUCUUUGGAGUUCAGACGGCACAGGAGAAGAUGGCUGCCUCGAUUCAGCGCCUAGAAGAAGUAGCAGCAGCAGCAGUAACAGGAAAAAGGUUGGACUGGGACUUUGCUGAGCCCAGAGUGCUAAUACGCCAAGUGUCACAAGUAAUCCGUCGCACAAGGGAGUCAAGGUUGCAGGUGGCCUUGUGGGAUUCAAGAAUGGGGGCCUCUGGAUUGCAGCAGAUCUCUGUUGACACACCGUUGAAGCGACGCCUGCGGGCAAUGGAGAGAAGGGCAAAGACCAAAUGGGAGUGGGUGGCCAGGAUAUGGCCUCUCGGAGCUGGUCGGGAGGAGGAUGAGGAGGAGGGCGACGACGACAACGAGAAGACACAGAAGGAAGAAGCGUUUGCUCAGGAGCGCGUGCUUGACGAGGAGACGGGAGCAACAACACCUUCCUGUACUCACAGCGAGUGGUUGUUCGCCGCCUCGAGCACAAGGGUGGUUUCCACCACGGCGACAAGACGGACAGCCCCGCGGUCGUGA